AUGUCCAACCUCAGAGGUCGCGGCAUAUCUAUAAGUGAUGCAAAUGAAGCGCUUGAAAAUGAGAAUAUGUUGGAAGCUUUAACCGACUUCGUAAUUAGAGCGUCAGAAAUUCUAGGUAAUUAUGUCAAGUUAAAAUAUAAUAAAAAUGAAGAAAAUAAUUAUAAUAAUGUGAAUAAUGAUGUUAUUCAGAAUGGCAAUUCAGAACUUAUUGUAACCACAGAUGAAAACGAGAGAACAUCAUUACCUUCAUCUCCUAUUUCUGAUGCAUAUUCUAUAAAUCAUUUGGAUUUAGAUGAAAAUGAAAUAAAAAAAAAUAUUGAAUUUAAGUUCCCUACUAAACCAAAAUAUAAAAAGGAUAUUUUUACAUAUUUUAAGUCCAUGUGGGAGUUGACAAAUCACAUAAAUCAAGUAUCAAUGUUUUUAACAAAAUUAUCAGUCACUUUAAAUUCCAAACCUGAUAAUUUAAUCAUAAACAAAACCAACAAUUUUGCUGAUAUUUUAAAAGCCACUUGCUCCACAACUUCCACUACACCUGUAGAUACACCCAUAGAGCUUUCAAUUACACCUCUUGAGGCAAAUAGAAUAGAUCAAAAACUAUAUGAAUUUAUUCACUAUAUACCACUUCCAGUUGAAUGGUGUACACCAGAUAACUCUGAAUAUGAAAGUGAGGAGUAUGAUAGUGAAGAUGGAGAAAUUUAA